AUGGAUUUUGAAUGUAAGGAGAUAUUAUCAGGAAGGCAGGUGGGUAUUGAUGUGAUAGCAUCUUCAUCUUCGCAACUAGAACACAAAUCUCACCAUCACGUUAGAAGGCUCCAGUACCAGCAACAACAGCAAAGGCAAGCGCAGCUGCAAAGAUUGUAUGCACAUGGCAGUCUCUCCUCUCUGGGACGUGGCUACGAGGCCUCCCUAACUGGCGUUGCCGUAUCCCACCUGAGAGGAGUCAGUAGUGGUGCUGUUCGACCUAACCCCGGUUCCGUAGUCUCCUUCGACCAUCCAGGCUAUUCGCGCCAGGUUUCUGGUGGAAGUAUGAUGAGCUAUAAUCCCCCAUCCACUCUGGCUAGCCGAUCGCUCUUCGGUAGGCCUGGGUUGUACGCCAAGAGUAGUCUCUACCGGUCCCGCAGUCUAGGUGCAUCAAAGGCCUCCUUAGCCACGGUACAAAGUGGUCGGUCGACGAUUCAAGCGGAGCACCACGACCGAAAGGUACAAUUGCUGAUCAAGGCGGUGGACUUUCGACGUGCUACUAAGCCCUACUUCUGGUCGAUCUUUUUCUUCACUCUCUUCCUCUUCACCCUCUUCCUCGGCCUCCUCAUCAUUUGCCUACGUCAUGUGUACAUGAAUCUCAUCCUCUCUAUCGACGUGGGAGAGUGCAUUGGCCCUCUGCUUUGUGGUCUUUCGUUCCUCUUUCUUGGUGCAGGAUUCAAGUUCCUCCAUGAUGCCUACCAGACGGGAGCCAGAGAACGCCAGAAAAUUAAGUAUGUACCGGACAGUGCCUCCACCGUGGCCGUCAAGAUGACUGCCGCACCAGCAGUUGAUACUACGGAAGAACUUUUGAGUGGUAAAACGACCGACAAGGCUCUUACACGCGCCCCUAUCGGCACACGAACGGUGAACCCCUCGGAAAGUGAAGUGUCGGAAUGCGUCCAAAUUUUGCGAUAUCGUCUGAUGCCACAACCAUUUCGAGACGUUUCAUCUUGUGUUGACGUCAAAAUAGACCUACCCAGUGACUUCCUCACGGUCGUAAGGGCGCAGCACCUGAUUUGUAUGCGAUUCUUACUGCAACAAUCAAACCACAUGUGGGGCAGUUUUGGGAUCAAAAAUAUAGCAUUUUGUGGACCCACCAUCCCCAGCCCCGUAGAAGAACCUGCAAACCCCCAGCCAGCAGGAGUCCCAGACACAGACACUCCGCCAGACGUCUCAAACAUUCUCAAACUUUGCCGAUGGCUGCGGAAGAGCCACGACCCAAACCACCACCAGUCCCAUUCAUAG